UAUGUUUAAUACCCCAACCUUGUAAUCGCUGCACACAAACAAAACAUUAUCCAUCUGAAGUUCUCAAAGGAUGAUUCAUACUGAGUAAUUCUGCGACGUGUAUAUGUAUCUGUUCUUUAUUAAUUAUUGUAAAGAAAUUUUAACUGAAAAUAAUUUGAAUAUAAAUGCGAUGAUUAUAGUGUAAGUUCGUCUGUUCAUCCAUCAUGUGCGAAGACGACGCCGUAAUUGCUACGAACGAUGACGCUGCUCUCUGCAAACGAUACGCGGUCGCUAAAGGUUACUGGAGUGAUCCCUACAUUGAAUAUUUCAUUAAAUCGACUUCGGAGAGAAAAGCACCUGAAAUCAGCCGUGGGUAUUACGCGAGAGUCAUGGGAAUGAAAAUAUUGCUGGAUCAGUUUCUCACAACCACCAAUUAUAAUUGCCAAGUGAUUAAUAUUGGGGCUGGAUUCGAUACCUUAUAUUGGAGAUUGAAGGAUGAAAAUGCGUCCUUAAAAAGUUUCAUUGAAGUGGAUUUACCCCCAGUCACCUCCAGGAAAUGUUAUAUCAUUCGAAAUCGAAAAAAUUUACUCCGUAUGGUUGCUACAGAAGAUGAUGACAUACAGUUUUCAAGUUGUGAGCUCCAUGCUGGGGAAUAUCAUUUAGUUGGAGCUGAUAUUCGCAACACAGGGGAACUUGAAACAAAGCUGCUGUCUGGUCUAGUAGACACAUCCUUGCCAACAGUUUUCUUGGCUGAAUGUGUUCUGGUGUAUAAUGAAGAGCAUCUCACAUCUGCCCUGCUGAAAUGGAUUGCUGAACAUUUCCGAACAGCCCUAUUCAUCAACUAUGAGCAAGUGAAUAUGGGUGACAAAUUUGGAUCAGUGAUGAUUGAAAAUCUGAAGAAACGUGGUUGCAAUCUUGCUGGAGUAUCUGUCUGCUCUGAUCUGGAAUCACAGCGGAGGCGCUUCACCAGUGCUGGUUGGGAUGGAGCCAAAGCUUGGGACAUGAUGGAAGUGUACCAGCAUCUGCCCUCGCAAGAUGUGGAACGAGUGGAACACCUGGAGUUUUUGGAUGAACAAGAACUUCUUCAGCAACUCCUGCAACAUUAUUGUAUAACUGUAGCUUUUCGAGGUGAAAGUCUUGAAGAUAUUGGCUUCAACUAAAAACAUUUCUGGAUGCAGAAAAAAAUGAAGAAAUGUGUGUCAAAUGUCAGACUCAGCUUGAAGAAUAUGUGCCAAUUUGGCAGUUUCAUCUUUCUCCUUACCCAAAAUCAAUUUCAAAUCUUUAAAGGCUGCCAAAUAGGAGAUAUUGUAAAUGCUCCAGAUUAAUUUGUCUUUUAGCUUAAGUCAUGUUUUUACUUUUUUUUUUUUUUUCACCUCAUCCUAUAUAAAUAGCAGGUAAACUACAGUGGACUAUUUUUUCCAUUUGUUAUCUGUGCCAGAUAAUUUACAUUUGUAUAUGGAAAAAAAAAAAAAAAAAAGAAUUUGCUUAGUUGUUCUAAUGAUUAUUACUUUCUUCUGUUAGCUAUUUUUUGUUAUCUCUUUUUGUCUUUUCAGUCUACACCUCUUCCCUUUGAAAAUUUUAAAUGAAGAAUCUUAUAAUAAGAAAUGUGAAUACUAGUAUGUUAGUAAGGCCCCAAAUGAUGUGAAUAAUUUAUAUCAAGAGAGAUGCUGAAUAUUGGCAGUAUUUUGAGUGUCAUUAAUAAAGAAUGGAAAAUUAGUGUUACUUUAUGUGAUGCCAAUAAACAAAGUGAAUGUUAGCUCUACAUCAUGUGGUGCCAACAGAAAAGGUAAUUGUUGGCACUAAGAUUUGACAGAUAUUUUUAAGGCCUUUUUGAUGGAAUUCGCCAAAAUGUGUUAUUAUAAUUAGUUUUGCUUAAAUUUUCUAUAUUAUUUUCUUUGGAAAAUUCAUCAAACAAGAUUAUUUUUCAUUAAUUUCUAAGGAAUAUAAAAUCCAAUUUUAUGUCAUAUUUGUUUUUUUCCAUAAAUUAUAUUAGAAUUUCUAAGGAAUAUAAAAUAUGAUUUUAUGUUAUGUUUGAUUCUUUCAUAAAUUAUAUUCAGACUUUGUGUUUUAAUA